GUGUGGAUGUAAUGGUGUGUGAUGGCAAAGAGAGGGAGGGGUGCACUGGGAAAAAAAGGAGGGAGAGUAAGAGAGAGAUAGGGAGACAUAUGGGGACUACUAGAGCGCCUCUGGUGAAAGACUAAGCAUUCAUUUGUGUUUGUUGGUUGAUUGCACCUGCUACCACGCGAGAGUGAGAGCAGCCUUUUGCAACUGAUGGCUUCUUGUUUUGUGCCUCUGGAGUUCAACUGAGUUGUGGCCCGCAGGACUGAAACACAAUGGAGAACAACACAACCGUCUUUCGGGAAGUCACUGGAGUAAAUCUGACAGAAAUACCUCUGAAAACUCUUGAAGAGCAGGCCAUUACGAUAUUUUUGACAAUGCUCAUCUGUGUAGUAGGGAUUGCUGGGAACAUCAUGGUGGUGCUGGUUGUGUUGCGCACCAAACACAUGGUGACCCCGACUAACUGCUACCUCGUCAGUCUGGCCGUCGCGGACCUCAUAGUUCUCCUGGCUGCAGGGCUGCCUAACAUCUCUGACGUUGUAGCCUUCUGGAUAUAUGGAUACACAGGAUGCUUGUGUAUCACUUAUCUGCAGUACCUGGGCAUCAACGUGUCGUCCUGCUCCAUCACGGCCUUCACCAUCGAACGAUACAUCGCAAUUUGUCACUCCAUAAAGGCUCAAUUCAUAUGCACCGUGUCCCGGGCCAAGAGGAUCAUAGCUGCAGUCUGGGUCUUCACCUCGCUCUACUGCAUCAUGUGGUUCUUCUUGGUGGACACGGAAGAAACCGUCCACACCAACGGCGUGGUGGUCACUUGUGGUUACCGUGUCUCCAGGAGCUUGUACAUGCCGAUCUAUUUCUUGGACUUCACUUUGUUCUAUGUGAUCCCACUCAUGGUGGCCAUGGUGCUGUACGGGCUCAUCGCCAGGAUUUUGUUCAUGAGCCCCCUGCCCUCGCAUUUGAACGACAGAGCCGGAGGAAGCUCGGUUCACCAGGGUCACUUCAACACCACUAACAAGACCAACAAGGGUGCGGUCUCUGCAAGGAAACAGAUAACAAAGAUGCUGGCUGUGGUGGUCGUCCUCUUCGCCUUGCUUUGGAUGCCUUACCGAACACUGGUGGUGGUCAACUCCUUCAUCGACCCGCCUUACCACAACACCUGGUUCCUGCUCUUCUGCCGUAUGUGCAUCUACAUCAACAGUGCCGUCAACCCCAUCAUUUACAACCUCAUGUCUCAGAAGUUUCGCGUCGCAUUCAAAAAGCUCUGCAAGUGCAACUGGCGACACAAGGAGAAGGCGGCGGAGUUCAACGUGCCAAUGUAUUACAGCGUGAUAAAGGAUUCUUCCCAUGAGAGCAAUGAGCUGGUCACAGAGCAGGAGGAAGUGAUUCAAACCAACAGAAGGCUCAACCAAACGGAAGACGACGCAAGCACUCUCAGCAUUUCUUAAUAAAGGCUUCGAUGAGUUUGUUGGCUCUAUUAGGAUAAGGGCAUUAUUUGUGUUUAAUAUUGUUGUCAGUUCUACCUGUUUAUUUCCUGACGCUGAGAUAUGUAGACAUUUUACUUUUUUGCAGUGACACAGGUUGAAUUUGUGGUGUAGUAAGCUAGUUGUGGUACUUUUGCAUCAGUAUUGUGACUGUGUUGUAAACACAGUAUGUGAUAGCAGGCUUUCGUGUAUUUCACACCACUUAGUGGGACAUAAAGUGCAUCACUAUGUGCUUUGCCAUUGC